UGUAUAUGUUGUGCGGAGUUAUAUGUCUUUAAAUACAUCACGUGUUGACAGACACGACAAGAAGUACAUUCACUUCCUUUGAAAUUUGAAUAUGAUCCCGAACGCAUCUCAGACAAACCCUGCCUCUGGCGUCCUGCACGUGUCCCUAUGUUUCUUCCUGUGUUUUGUAUUAUUUUGGCGGGAUUAUAUCAAUAUAUGCCGCUGUUAAGUGCUGAGACAUAAGAGAUUUUAAGAGUCUUUGAAUGACUUUUAUAAGUUCACUUCAUAUUUGCGUUUUUAAUGUUUGUAUGACCCCAAAUGCCUCUAUACUGUAGUCGUUUCAUGUUUGCACCCUGCAAACGAACUUUGGGAGAUGUUGUUACUGACCACAGCUCCAGAAUGUACAGGCGAUGCUGGAGGAAGUUGUGGCAUCCAGGGAGGCCCUAUACCAGCUCGGUGCCUUCAAGCCCUGAUUCUGACUUGAAAAGUUUGGAGAUGUCAACCCAAAGUGAGAAACCCUUUCACACACCGGUCAUGGUGAAGGAAGUGUUGCAGUUUCUGGACAUCAAACCAGGACAGGUUGUCCUGGACUUGACCUUUGGGGCCGGAGGUCACUCGAAGGCCAUCUUGCAGUCGGUUCCUGGUGUAACGGUGGUAGCGGCAGAUCGCGACCCCACAGCUUUCAGAAUGGCUCAGCGUUUAGCUGAAAAAUACCAGGGCCAGGUGAAGCCAGUACUAGGGAGGUUCAGUGAGCUGAAUAACUUGCUCCCAGCACUGGGUUUGGGUCCAGGAGGUGUGGAUGCUGCCCUUCUGGAUGCUGGAUGCUCCUCCAUGCAGAUGGAUUCAGCAGAGAGGGGCUUCUCCCUCAGCAAGGACGGACCGCUAGACAUGAGGAUGGAUGGAGACAGGUACCCCGACAUGCCCUGCGCGGCUGACGUGGUCAACGCCUUAGAUCAACAGGCGCUUGCGUCCGUGCUGGCCGCGUACGGGGAGGAGCGGCACACCAGGAAAAUUGCGGCGGCCAUCGCACAGGCACGCAGCGUCUACCCCAUCGGCCGGACCCUGCAACUGGCCAGCAUCGUAGCAGGAGCAUUUCCAGCCAGCGCGCUGUACGCCCGUCGUGACCGCCUGCAGCGCCCUUCACACGUUGCCACCAAAACUUUCCAAGCCUUACGGAUAUUCGUAAACGACGAGCUGAACGAGUUGCACGCCGGCCUCCGUGUGGCACAGACCCUGCUCCGUCCCAAGGGGCGACUCUGUGUUCUCACCUUCCACUCCCUGGAGGACCGGCUGACCAAGCGUUUCCUCCGCGGAGAGGACCUGGCCGCCCCACCACGCCGCAGCAUUCGCCAGCGAGCCAAAGCCCGGCUUGAAUUCGAGGAAGAGGAGCAUGAGGAAGAGGAAGAGAAUGAAGAAGAAGAGAAAGGACGCGAGAGCAAAUAUUGGGUCAGUCUGAAGAAGGUGAUAAAGCCAAGUGAGGAAGAGGUUCAGGAGAACCCAAGAGCUCGAUCAGCUAAACUCAGAACAGCAGUAAGGCGAUAAGACUCAAACAGAGACAGUAAAACUGAUGCUUUUUACUAGAUUAUUAAAUUAACUACACUCUCAGGAAAAAAGUACAAAGCUGUCACCGGGGCAGUAGCCUAAGGUACAAAAGCUGAAAUGUACAUCAUUGCACUAUAUUUACUGCUAAGUGGUUUAUAUAGUAUUUUAAAGGUACACAUUAGUAUCUUAAGUGUACAUUUUAAUACCUAAUACCUAAAGGUACUGGCCCAGUGGCAGUUUUGACAGUUUUCCCUUUUUUCUGGCUGUGUACACAUGUAGUUUUAUUCACAUCAAUGUAUUUCAGUCAUUUUGAAGCAGUACACAAUAAACAAUAGAACGCCAGAAUUUAUUUUUUAUUCGUUUUAAAAAUGUCGGUGGCAUGGGAAUGAAUUCUGGAUGAAUUUCAUGUACACUUUGGAUUACACUUUGCAUAUCUACCUGAGGGUAGGUAUGUUUUUUUUUUUUUAAAUCAAUUUUCUUUUAUUUUAAAUCAAUUUUUGUUUUAUUUAAAUUUUGUUUUCAAUUUAAAGAGGACAUCAGAUUCUUUUUUUCCACAAGUUGGUAUGAUUCUUUAGGGUCUUCAUGAGAUGUCGGCAAAAUACUUAGGUUAAAAUUUCUCAGCAGUCGUGUAAAAACAGCACCCUUUUUACCCUGUCUGAAACAGCUUUGUUCACAGCAACCUGUUUCGGUGCACAACUCUUUAAAUGAUAAUGAGCUACUGCUCACUCCACCCCUCUCUUUAGUUUUUUGUGUAUUUGGUGGCAUGUUGCCAUCAAAAACAAAACUAAUCCACUACGUCCUUAGUAGCUCUCAUGUCAAGAGAAAAUGAAGACUCUUAUGUUCACUUAUACACCCAACUACAAAUACCUGCAUUGCUUACGAGACAUUGCUGUCACUACAGUGAAUGGAUUUUUAUCAUUAUAUGGUGGUUGUGUCCCCACACUGCCAAGACACAUUUAUAUGCAAACCCCAUUUAAAAGUGAAUUUUGCCUCCAGUGUCCCCUUUAAGUUUUAUUUCUAAUUUAAUUUCUGUUUGUUUUCAAUGUAGUUUUCAGUUUCUUGUCUUUUUUGUUUCAAUUCAUUUCAUUUUUAUUUUAGUUUUACUAGUUUAGGGCUGCCAAAGUUAAAGGGAUCAUUAGGAAAAGACAAAUUUUGGAAACCAGACAGUUGACGGUAGCCACUGACUUCCAUAAAGUUUUUUCCAUUACUAUGGAUGGCUACCAUUAGCUGUUUGGUUACGAACAUUGUUCAAAAUAUCUUCUUUUGUGCUUAACAGAAGAAAGAAACUCAUACAGGUUUGGAACAACUUGAGUGUAAGAACUUUUCAUUUUUGGUUGAACUAUUACUUUAACAUGGUAUAUGCUAUCAUUUAAACAUUUUUAACUGUAUUAAAUUUCCUAGGACAUUCUAGUGUUAUUGCUAAUGACAUUUUCAUGUUUAAAGAGUUAGUUCACCUAAACAUGGAAAUUAGCCCAUUGUUUACUCACCCCCAAGGCAUCCUAGGUGUAAAUGACUUUCUUUUAGACGAAAGAGAUCGGAGUUAUAUUAAAAAUUGUUUUGGCUCCUUCAAGGUUUAUAAUGCAAUGGGCGGUUGUUUCAUCAGUCUAGAAGAAGUCCAAUAAAGCACAUCCAUCCAUAAUAAAAAGUGUCUCACACGGCUCCGAGGGGGGGGUAAAGGCCAUAUUUAAAACGUAAUAAUCACUUUAAUCUAGUUUCCGCUAACAAUUGUACAUAGAAACGUUGAUGCGCAGUGGAAAGAUUAAAAAAAAAAACACAGGUCAUGAAUUAAAAGAACAAAUGACAGAGGAUUUUGAUAUAAGGCAAGGGGAGAAUGGUUUUCCUUUGGUAAAGUAAGGAAACUUUGCUUCCUUUGCUCCUGUAAACAAAUGUUGUUUUCGCGAGAGUCACAGGUGCAUACACAGUGCAUACGUCCUACAUCGUCCGCUUUGAGCUGCUUCCAUAUACAACAGUGUGCACAAACUACAUUAAAGUUACUGUUAUGUUUUAAAUAUUUAUAUUUUUCUUACAAAAAUGCAUCAGUUUGCUACAGGAGGCCUUUGUUCACCCUCCGGAGCCAUGUGAGGCACUUUUUUAUUAUGGAUGAAUGUGCUUUAUUGGACUUGUUUUGGACUGACGAAGAGAAACACCUGGCCAUUGCAUUAUAAAGCUUGAAAAAGCCUGAAUUUUUUUUUUUAUAUAUAUAACUCUGAUUGCAUUCGUCUGAAAGAAGAAAGACAUAUACACUUAGGUUGCCUUGAGGGUGAGUAAAUAAUGGGCUAAUUUUCAUUUUUCCUUUAAUGCUGGUGGGUUGUACAGGUUUUAAGUUUCCUCAUAAGUCUAAAAACAAAAUCAUUUAGUUUGCUUAAAGGAAUAGUUCACCCAAAAAUGAAAAUUCUGUCAUCAAUUACUCACCCUCAUGUUGUUCCAAACCCAUAAGACCUUCGUUCGUCUUCGGAACACGAAUUAAGAUAUUUUUUGAUGAAAUUUGAGACCUUUCUGACCCUGCAUAGACAGCAUCGUUAC